UGCCAUUAGACAGGCAAACUUAAUGGUUUAGUGUUUAGGUGUAUUUUUCAUUGGACAUUUAUCGGUAACGCACGGGAAUCUCGUUGAGCAGAGAUAUCUGAGUUAUUCUGUGUUUUGAUACCAGUUACCACAUGCAUCGGAGGUAAUAGAUCACUGACGAAGGAUACCUGCGUGUGCUCAAAGCCUGUGGGAUGUAUGGCUUUGUGGUUCUGGCUUUGAACUGUCAAAGGGGAUACGCUUACUCGUGGUAAACUGAUAUUGACAUCUAUAGAAAGCCAUAAUGAUGGAGGCCCGUGUCUGACAAUGGAUUAUGUUGUGCAUGUAGAUUAUGCUUGCCUAGAACAACCCAUGAUGAUGCACGAGACUUGGGGAACUCUUUAAGAGAAGGAUGGUGCGCUUGAAGAAGAAGUUCCUCUUCUUGCUCCUAGGUGGCACUGCUGUUCCAAUUCUCAUUCUAUUCUGCGCCCUGUGGAGCAAUGAUGGAACGCAUAGAUCUGAUGAUGUAAUGGGAUUUACCAACAGGGAGGCGAAGCUUGCUCAGAGAGUAAGGGAGGUCGAGGAACAGAACCAGAUUCUGCGGCGACAGCUCAGUCUUUCCCAGAACCAACUGCUGAAUAUCCAAUAUGUUUCAAAUGGCGAUAAUGAAACACGCCACGCUGUGGAUGGAUCUCAGAUUAAAUGUAUUAGCUCAGAACCUGAUGUGCCCAAAUGUGAGGUUAUUCAGAUAGCCAUUGUAUGUGCUGGAUACAACGCCUCACGUGACGUCGUCACCCUCAUCAAGAGUAUCCUGUUCUUCAGAAAAAAUCCGCUUCAUUUUCAUUUCAUCUCCGACCAAGCCGCCCAGCUUGUCCUCAAAACCCUCUUCAGUACUUGGAACGUUCCAGAGGUUGAGGUCAGCUUCUAUGUCUCGGACUCAAUCAAGAAUGGUGUAUCAUGGAUUCCAAACAAACAUUAUUCCGGAGUCUAUGGGCUGAUGAAGCUCACUCUGCCCAAGACAUUACCGACCGACCUAGAAAAGACGAUAGUUUUAGACACAGAUGUCAUCCUGGCCACAGACAUCGCUGAGUUAUGGAAAAUGUUCCACAAGUUGAAAGAUAAACAGGCAAUAGGACUCGUGGAGAACCAGAGUGAUUGGUACUUGGGCAAACUGUGGAAAAAUCAUAGGCCCUGGCCCGCAUUGGGCCGAGGCUUCAACACAGGUGUUAUUCUACUUGAUCUCAGUCAACUUCGUCAAAAGAAUUGGAUGCAAAUGUGGCGAUUAAUAGCCGAGAGAGAGUUGAUGAGCAUGUUGUCAACAUCCCUAGCUGAUCAGGACAUCUUCAAUGCAGUCAUCAAACAGCAUCCCUAUCUAGUCUUUCAUCUGCCUUGUCACUGGAAUGUACAACUCAGCGAUAACACAAGGAGUGAACUUUGUUACAGUGAGGUCUCCGACUUAAAAAUAAUUCAUUGGAACUCACCAAAAAAGCUUAAAGUGAAGAACAAACAUGUAGAGUUUUUUAGAAAUCUUUACAUGACAUUUGAGGAGUACGAUGGGAACCUGCUGCGGCGAGAGCUCUUUGGUUGUGACAUGGCUCAGACGAAUCCAGUUCAGGUGCAGCUGAGCCAGCUCAAUGAGGAUGACGAAUGUUACGAGUUUCGUCGCGAACGCAUCGUCAUCCAUCGCACACACCUUUACUACAUCGAAUACAACUACCAACCGACUACGGACGAUGUCACCCUUGUCGCUCAGCUCAGCAUGGAUAGGCUCCAGAUGCUCGAGACUAUAUGCAAACACUGGGAGGGGCCCAUUAGUCUCGCACUAUACCUUUCUGAUGCAGAAGCACAGCAGUUUCUGAGAUACGCCACAGGAUCGGAAUUCCUGCAGUCUCGGAAGAACGUCGGCUAUCACGUUGUCUACAAGGAUGGGCAAUUCUACCCAGUCAACUAUCUACGUAACGUCGCCUUGAAGCAGGUUGUGACUCCCUACGUCUUUCUCCUCGACAUCGACUUCCUACCGAUGUUCAACCUCUAUGAUUAUCUCAAAAAAGCUGUAUCCAUGAUUGACAUGACAUCACAGAAAAAAGCGCUGAUAGUCCCUGCGUUCGAAACACAGCGUUAUCGUCUUACAUUCCCAAAAUCGAAAGCUGACCUGCUGUCCAUGCUAGAUAUGGGGACACUGUUUACAUUCAGAUACCAUGUCUGGCCCAAAGGCCACGCGCCCACCAACUUUGCCAAGUGGAGAACGGCCACCAUGCCUUAUACGGUGCAGUGGGAGGCAGACUUCGAGCCCUAUAUUGUGGUAUCGAAGGAUGUUCCAGAGUACGAUCAGAGAUUUGUGGGGUUUGGCUGGAACAAGGUCUCACACACCAUGGAACUAGAUGCUCAAGGUUAUGAAUUUGUCGUCCUUCCAAAUGCAUUUAUCAUUCACAUGCCUCAUGCACCAAGUUUUGACAUUGCCAAGUUUAGAUCAAGUACGCUUUAUAGAAGGUGCCUAAAAGUCCUCAAAAGUGAAUUCCAGCGCGAUUUAUCAAAGAAAUAUGGCAUCAAAGCAUUAAAAUAUCUAUCAGUCGACAGGUGACAGCAGCUCCCUCUGUAGUGUAGAGAAGGAACUCUUUUUAUUGUACUGUGUUUUAAGUAUUGUCUCGUUAACAACCAUCAUUUUAGAUGGCUGAAAUGGGCUCAAGGUGAAGCCUUGUAUUAUGGAAGUUAUUUUUACAAAAAUUGCGAACUUAAAGAAUCUUGAAAAAUAACAAAGCAGGUGGAAGUUGUAUCUGAAGUGCUUCUGAAUGUCUGUUUAUUUGUCAAAGGAUUCCGAUUUAAAAUUGUUCUAAUUUGAUGAAGAAGAGCAUUAAUUGUUCUUUUUGAAAAGGGCCUGUGUGGAAUUUUGGGCACUUUAUUGUGAAGUUGGUGCAGGGGUACCAAUCAAUUUAGGUGCAACAAGCAGAGGUGCCAUGUCAGUGUAGCAGUGUGAGUUUCUGAAGGCUGCUCUGAAGGAUGGAUGAUUGAUGCGCCAUGACAGCACCAUCUGGUAAGGAAAUGUGAAAUUACGCAUUGUUUGCAGUGUGGAGAUUUGCAGGUGGCUCACAACUCUGCGUGGGGUGUUUAGUCGUAAUGACGCGAUAUCAUUUGAAAACAUUGAGUAGUAAAUUGUGUUCCAUUGAAGAAUACAAUUGUAUAGAUAGUUUGUAUCAAAUGUAAAUCUGCCAAGUGCAUCUACAUAUGUUUGUAUUAUUGAAGUUAUACAAUAUUUAGUUGAUAUUUAUACUUAAUUCCAGUGCUGAUUGAUUGAGGUUGUCAACAGAUUAUCCCUAAAGUGCUUUAGAAUAUACUCUUUAACAUACACUUUCAGCAUGCAUUCAAUUUUGAUUAUGUAGAGGCAGUUCUUCAGUGCAUGUGACGACAACAUGUAACGUUGAUUCUCUAACACCACAUACUAUGAUCAGCCUGAAAUUGUGAACAUAUCAGGUUUCAUACUUAAAACUGCUCAUGAUAGGUACUGGAACAUAUUUUUGUCAUCCAGCAAAUUUGUUUUCGCUUUAUCAAGUUGUAUAGAGACCAAACUACUAUAGAGUAUUACCUCGUUAGAGCUUGUAACCAACCACUGUAUCUUUCCACUAUACUACAAAUCGCAUUCAGCAACGUUGCUUUGUUUCUGAGGACUGGUCAUCUAAAUUUGCCGAUCUCUACGACAACGAGUAAGGACGCUAUCAGUUAUCAUCACAUGUACUGCCCUAGCUUUGCUCAGAUCCCAGUAUUUGUUGUUCAGUAUAUUUACUUGUUGAUUGACAAAUGGCACUGACUUAACAAUGGUUCACUUUCAAGCUCCAUACGUCUGUGCUGCACUGCUAUACUGGAAAAACAUGCAUAAAAUUAAAAUCAGUGAAAAAAGUCACUUUUGAAGUUGAAAUGUAUGUGAUUUUAAUACUUUUAGGUGGCUUUUAAUCAAAUUCAAAGUCUCAAAAACAAUUGUGUUGUAAAAAGGUUGUACAUGUAUAAAUAUAUUUGAAAGUUGCAUUAUUGAAUAUUUGUAAUUCUGAGUUGAGAAUCAAAAUCUGUGUGUAAGAAAAUAUAAAGCUGUGAUGAAGAAAACUGGUGUAUUAAUAUUUCGUUAGUAGAAAAGAUCAUUUUUAAAGUCUGCUGUACUUGACUUGCCAAAUUCACUUUCUUUAUCCUUGUGGACAUAAGCUAACUGAAGCAUACAGAAGAUUGUCACAUGAAUUGUAUAGCGUGUCCUCAAAUAAGCCAUCAAUUUAUUUACAUUUGGUCUCAUGAUUCAAAUGUGUCCAAUCAGAAUCCUUGAUUAUGUUUUGUAGAUAUCAUUUGCCCAUAGUGGGCUGGUCAGUAUACUUUGGAGUUGACAGAAUUGUUUUCUGUAUAAAUUUCUGGUGUGAAUAUUUCAGAGUUGUGCUAUGUCAUAGAGUAAAAUGUCCAAACAAAUUGCUCCGAAUGGAAAAUUCUUGUGCCAUAGAAGUCUUGAUUUGGCAGUUUCUCGUUUCAUUGCCGUUUUAGAACAUUGCGUAUUGUAGGUCGACCAACUAACUGCACCCCUCGGAAUUCACUACCUCCUUGGUCUAAGAUGGUGCACAAGUAAAAGGAUCAGAAACAAUUUCAAAAGAGCUUUUUAUAUUUGUAUGACUGCUGUUUGUAUGUUUGUUGUAUGGCCUUUGAGUUGUCCAAGUGAUAAAAUGGGUUUUUGAAGAUGUCAAGUUGAUGAGGAGGAAAGUCAGCUCAAGAAUUUUCAUAAUAAACAGUGAAAUCAAACA